CCGGGUCCACCAUCUGAUGCCUGCGGUUGCCCGCCAGUCUGCGUGCUGAGGCGCGGAGCGGCGGAGCUCUCUCUGUGUGUCUGUCUGUCUCUCUCUCCGUCUCUCCCCAGGAUUUAUGGACUUUACUUUCUAGAGAGUGGCGCGGCAAGGAUGAGAGUCCAGCUGGUGUGCGUGGUGCUGCUGGCCUUGGCCUCCUGCAGUCUCUGCUCAGAUUCAGAAGAGGAAAUGAAAGCAUUAGAAGCAGAUUUAUUGGCCAAUAUGUAUACAUCAAAGAUGAACAGAGCAAAACUUUCUUACUGGAAAGUGACCCUGCUGAAUGUCUGCAAUCUUAUCAACAACAUGAACAACCAGGUGGGGGAAACGGUAGAGGUAGAUGAUGAGGAUCUCAUUUCUGGAAGACAGUUCCCUGCUGCUCUGGAUGGCUUCACCUUUGAAGCAAUGCUGACAAUAUAUCAACUCCAAAAAGUUUGCCACAGCAGAGCCUUUCAGCACUGGGAGUUACUUCAGCAAGACGGUUUUGAUCUAGAAAAUUCAAGCCAAGAAAAGGAAAUAAUGAAAAGAAAAAAUCCCUAUAUUCUGAAACGGCAACUACAUGUGAACAAAGCUAGAAGACCAUACAUACUCAAGAGAAGUUCAUAUUACUGAUGCAGCAGAGGAAAACAAUGUGUAUUUAGUUUAUAGGUAACUGUGUGUUAUAGUUAUCUUAUUUAACGUUAAAAUCAUACCUGUGUGAAAAUAUACUAUGGAAGAUCAUCAAGAUGAUAACAUAACUGUGUCUUUUUUGCAAUUGCUGUUACUUGAUUGUGAUUUUUUCCUACUUGAGAUUAAUUAGACCAAUACAUUUUCAAAUAAAUCUAGUUUAUAAGCAUGAUGUAUUGUACACAAUUGAGAUUUCAACAUCUUUCCAACAAUAUAUCAGUCUUUUCCUAUUUUAGAAAGUACACUGUCAUACACCGAGAAAAUGGAUACCAUCCAUAAAUCUUACUAAAAUUCUUAAAAAUUUCUUACUGAAACACCUCAAACACGCACAGCUUGCAAGUUUUUAUAUGAUACAGUAGUCUGACCUGCCACAGUAUUUUAUAUAUUGUCUAGUUGAAAUUAUUAGGGAUCAGAUCUAAAUAAAGAAGGCAAUAUGGUCCUAUUAAAUGGUAAUUUCAAAAUUCGUAUUUAAAAUGACCUGCCUGUAAGUGAAUUUAAAUUCUUGAUUCCUAACUUGUCUCUGAAGAGCCAUAAUUUAAGAAAAUACGGUAAUGAGACUUCAACAAAGUAUGCUGCUGAGAGCAAAGGCAGAUAUGCUUCAGAAUUGUGGAUAUCACUGGUUAAAUAAGGAAAAGAGUUUAAAUAAUCAGUAAAGUAAUUUAUGGUGUUUGCCUAAUAUAUGAGUGCUCAGGAAAAAAAUAAAGACAAAAAAAUAAAACAUGA